CAGCGGCACCUGAACGCAGCGCGGCAGAUUUCAGAUGCUGAUAAAGUUGAAGAUGAUGAAGAGCUGCCUCCUCCUCCUCCUCCUCCUCGUCCUCGUCCUCGGCGUGGCGGUGUGUGUGGUGGACUCGGUGCUGGUGAGGGGCCUCAAAUACUUCGAGACCCCUUUGAGCUGGCAGGACGCUCAGAGCUCCUGCAGGCGCAGCAACAGGGACCUGGCCCUGAUCCGACAGGCAGCGGAGCUGGACGGAGUCAGCAUGACGGACUACCAGGCGUGGACCGGCCUGCACCGGGACUCCAUACUCAGAUACUGGCUCUGGCCCAACGGGCUGUUCCUGGACCACCACUACUGGGCGAACAACGGGCCUCACAUCAGUGAGGACUGCGGGCUGGUGGCGUUCUUCAACAGACGGUUUUACGGCAGCAGCUGCAGCAGAUUCUCCUUCUUCUUCUGCGAGACGAGACUCUCCCCAGCCCCGACCGAGUACGUCUUCAUCGCUCAGGCCAAGACGUGGGCCGACGCCCAGCUCUACUGCAGGGAGCACCACGGCGACCUGGCCGAGUUCUCCAGCAGCUCCAGUCUGGACGACGCCGUCAUCGCCUACGACUUCCCGGUGUGGACGGGCCUGCACAGAGACGGCGGCGAGUGGAGGUGGAGCUCCGGCUCGUCACAGUUCAGGCAGUGGGGGAGCCAGCAGCCCGGCGCCGGCGACUGCGUCUCCAUCUCCUCCAUCAAAAAAACCAUGGCCACCCAGGACUGCUCCGCCCGCUUCCCCUACCUCUGUUACUAUGACAACCUGCUGCUGGUGAAGGAGAACAAGACGUGGCAGGAGGCGCUGGAGCACUGCCGGGACCUGGAGCCGCUCGUCCGCGGCGACCCCGACCGCUACCGCAACCACCGCUACGACCUGGCGAGCCUGCAGCCCGGCGACGAGCAGCUGUACGCCACGGACAGGAUCGGCGAGGCCACGACCGACGAGGUGUGGGCGGGCCUUCGCUUCCUGGCAGGUCAGUGGCUGUGGGUGAACGUGGCUCAGGUGUCGACGGUGGAUCUGCCGCGGUGCCCGGCGGAGACGCAGCGCUGUGCCGCGCUGGCCCAGCAGACAGGAAGCUGGCAGGCCAGGGACUGCACCGAGAGGAAGAACUUCCUGUGCUACAGGAAGUGACCUACCUGUCGUGUCCUGUUUGCACCUGGCUGCUCUCCUCCCUGAAGCUUUCUGUCUCCAUCUUUCUUUU